UUCCCCUUUUUCUAAGCUCUAUUCAAAACCCUAAUUUCUCUUCUCCCGAUCGAACUGUGACGACCACCACCGAAAACUCCUCUUCUCCGUCGGCAACUCGAAUCAAAGUGAGUUCUUGAGGCGUUUGAGCACACUUUGCUGUUAUAUACAUGGAUUGAUUUAUAAUGCUACUGUUUUUUCCUUCUGAGUUGCGCCUGCAUGCUGUACGAUUUCUUGGCCAAAAUGGGUAAAACUCCCAGCCCCACCUUAUACCGUUUUUGUUUCACAGUCUGGGCAAAAAGGCAAACACCUUCACGUUGUUCAUUCGAGUUUUCAUUACCCUUACUUAUUGUCGGUGAAUUUACGGCUGUUUUGUUCCAGUUCGAUUAGAUUCAAAACUAAAACCCUAAUUUUAUUUCAUCCAGGCACUUGGAAGUUUUUUUUUUCCGUCCAAGUUUGCUUUCUUGUUAUAGUACUUGUUUCUUUUAAAUUUGAAGUACAGUUUAUCGAUAUUGGGAGUGGUUUAUUUACUAAUUACGUGGGUUUAUGACUUUGUUGGGCCGGUACCUGAUUGACUGAUUCUAUUUAUUUUUUGAUGACUGUAGGGUUUCUUGAUUUCGGAAGCCAUUGAUUGGAGAUGGCACAUUUAGGAGGUGGUGCUGAGGCACAUGCUCGAUUUAAACAGUAUGAAUACAGAGCUAAUUCAAGUCUUGUCUUGACGACUGAUUCUCGGCCACGAGAUACUCACGAGCCAACUGGAGAACCUGAGUCUUUGUAUGGGAAGAUAGACCCUAAGAGCUUUGGUGACCGUGCUUAUAGAGGGAGACCAGCGGAGUUGGAUGAAAAACUUACCAAGUCUAAGAAAAAGAAGGAGCGUGAACCAUCACUCCCUUCUUCUGAAGCUGUGAAUAAUAGACAGAGCAAGAGACGGCGUCUUCAAGAAGAGAGUGUUCUUACAUCAACGGAGGAAGGGGUCUACCAGCCCAAGACGAAAGAAACUCGAGCUGCAUAUGAGGCAAUGCUCAGUGUGAUCCAGCAGCAGUUGGGUGGCCAGCCUCUGAAUAUCGUUAGUGGUGCUGCAGAUGAGAUCUUGGCUGUGCUGAAGAAUGAUACUUUGAAGAACCCAGACAAGAAGAAGGAUAUUGAGAAGUUGCUGAACCCUAUACCAAACCAAGUGUUUGAUCAGUUAGUUUCUAUUGGGAGGCUUAUAACAGAUUUUCAGGAUGCAGGUGGUGAUGUUGCUGGGUCAAAUGCAGCAAAUGGCGGGGAAGACGCCCUCGAUGAUGAUGUUGGUGUAGCUGUCGAAUUUGAAGAGAAUGAAGAAGAUGAUGAAGAGAGCGAUCUUGAUAUUGUACAGGAAGAUGAUGAGGAGGAAGAAGACGAUGUUUUAGAUAGAGGUGGGAACAACGGUAUGCAGAUGGGUGGGGGUGUGGAUGAUGACGACUUGCAUGAAGCUAAUGAGGGUAUGACACUUAAUGUACAGGACAUUGAUGCUUAUUGGCUUCAGAGGAAGAUCUCGCAGGCUUAUGAGCAGCAGAUUGAUCCACAGCAGAGCCAGAAGCUUGCUGAAGAGGUACUAAAAAUUCUUGAAGAAGGUGAUGACCGCGAAGUUGAAAAUAAGCUAUUGGUGCACCUCCAGUUUGAGAAGUUCAGCCUGAUAAAGUACCUUUUGCGUAAUAGACUGAAGAUUGUGUGGUGUACCCGUCUUGCAAGAGCUGAAGACCAAGAACAGAGGAAACAGAUAGAAGAGCAAAUGAUGGGGUUGGGUCCUGAUUUGGCUGCAAUAUUGGAACAACUGCAUGCCACGAGGGCAACAGCAAAAGAGAGGCAGAAGAACUUGGAAAAAAGUAUACGAGAAGAAGCAAGGCGGUUGAAGGAUGAGAGCGGUGGUGGAUUUGGUGACCGAGAUCGAAGAGAUGUUGUUGAUAGGGAUGCUGAGAAUGGUUGGUUAAAUGGUCAGCGGCAGUUGCUUGAUCUUGAGAGCAUUGCGUUUCACCAAGGUGGUCUUUUGAUGGCAAAUAAGAAGUGUGAGCUUCCUUUAGGCUCUUACAGAAACCACAGCAAGGGAUACGAAGAAGUUCAUGUGCCGGCAUUGAAGCCUAAGCCUCUUGCUGCUGAUGAGAAGCUUGUAAAGAUCUCAGCCAUGCCAAGCUGGGCGCAACCGGCUUUUGAAGGAAUGUCUCAACUAAAUAGAGUUCAGAGUAAGGUUUAUGAAACUGCUCUGUUCAAAGCAGACAAUCUUCUACUUUGUGCUCCCACUGGAGCAGGGAAGACCAAUGUUGCUAUGCUCACCAUACUUCAACAGAUAGGUUUGCAUAUGAAUGAAGAUGGUUCGUUCAACCACAGUGACUACAAGAUAGUCUAUGUGGCACCAAUGAAAGCCCUUGUUGCUGAAGUUGUAGGGAACUUGUCUAAUCGUCUAAAGCACUAUGGCGUCACUGUGAUGGAGUUGAGUGGAGAUCAGUCUUUGACCCGGCAACAGAUUGAGGAAACGCAAAUUAUAGUCACAACUCCGGAAAAGUGGGAUAUUAUAACUAGAAAAUCAGGAGAUCGCACUUAUACUCAACUCGUGAAGCUUUUAAUUAUUGAUGAAAUCCAUCUUCUCCAUGAUAACAGAGGACCUGUUCUGGAGAGUAUUGUGGCAAGGACUGUUAGACAAAUUGAGACCACAAAGGAACAUAUUCGGUUGGUUGGGUUAUCUGCAACACUUCCCAACUAUGAUGAUGUUGCGCUGUUUAUGCGAGUGGACUUGGAGAAAGGUCUCUUUCAUUUUGACAAUAGUUACAGGCCUUGCCCACUUGCUCAGCAGUAUAUUGGAAUUACAGUAAAGAAGCCACUGCAGAGAUUUCAAUUGAUGAAUGAUAUUUGUUACGAGAAGGUGAUAGGUGUGGCUGGAAAGCAUCAGGUGCUUAUAUUUGUGCAUUCAAGGAAAGAAACAACAAAGACAGCCUGUGCAAUUAGGGAUACUGCUCUUGCUAACGACACCCUGGGGAUCUUCUUGAAGGAGGACAGUGCAAGCCGUGAGAUUCUCCAUGAACACACCGAGCUGGUGAAAAGCAAUGAUCUCAAGGAUCUCUUGCCUUAUGGUUUUGCAAUUCAUAACGCAGGAAUGGCCAGGGCUGACCGUCAACUUGUUGAGGAACUAUUUGCUGAUGGACACAUUCAAGUACUUGUUUCGACAGCUACUCUUGCGUGGGGUGUGAACUUGCCCGCCCACACUGUGAUUAUCAAAGGAACCCAGAUCUAUAAUCCUGAAAAAGGAGCAUGGACAGAGCUUAGUCCUCUGGAUGUUAUGCAGAUGUUGGGUCGUGCAGGGAGGCCACAGUUUGAUACUUACGGUGAAGGGAUCAUCAUAACUGGACACAGUGAGCUGCAAUACUAUCUUUCACUGAUGAAUCAACAGCUCCCUAUUGAAAGUCAAUUCGUGUCUAAAUUGGCUGAUCAGUUGAACGCAGAAAUAGUCCUUGGGACCGUGCAAAAUGCAAAAGAAGCCCUCAAUUGGCUUGGUUACACUUACUUAUACAUCCGUAUGGUGCGGAACCCUACUCUUUAUGGCUUAUCUCCUGAUGCGCUGACGAGAGAUCUUUUACUUGUGGAUCGGAGAGCUGAUCUGGUACAUUCUGCUGCCACAAUACUGGACAAAAAUAACCUGGUGAAGUAUGAUAGAAAAAGUGGCUAUUUUCAGGUCACUGAUUUGGGUCGAAUUGCAAGUUAUUACUACAUAACUCAUGGAACAAUUGCCACUUAUAAUGAGCAUUUGAAGCCCACAAUGAGCGAUAUUGAACUUUGUCGACUGUUUUCACUCAGUGAGGAGUUCAAAUAUGUGACAGUAAGACAAGAUGAGAAGAUGGAACUUGCAAAACUUUUGGACCGCGUUCCUAUUCCCAUUAAGGAAAGUUUGGAAGAGCCCAGCGCAAAGAUCAAUGUCUUGCUCCAAGCAUAUAUUUCUCAGCUAAAGCUUGAAGGACUUUCUUUGACAUCUGACAUGGUGUUCAUAACUCAGAGUGCGGGACGUCUUAUGCGAGCUCUUUUUGAGAUUGUGUUGAAAAGAGGAUGGGCACAGUUAGCUGAGAAAGCCUUGAGCUUGUGCAAAAUGGUUAACAAGAGGAUCUGGAAUGUCCAAACCCCUCUACGUCAAUUUCAUGGGAUUAAAAACGAUAUAUUGAUGAAACUGGAGAAGAAAGAUCUGGCAUGGGAAAGGUAUUAUGAUCUAUCGUCACAGGAGCUAGGAGAGCUUGUUCGUGCCCCGAAGUUGGGGAGAAAUCUUCAUAGGUGUAUUCACCAGUUUCCAAAGCUUAAUCUGGCUGCUCAUGUUCAACCAAUCACCCGCACCAUCUUGAGGGUUGCACUCACCAUUACUCCAGAUUUUCAGUGGGAAGACAAGAUUCAUGGGUACGUUGAACCAUUUUGGGUGAUCGUAGAAGAUAAUGAUGGGGAAUACAUACUUCAUAAUGAGUAUUUCUUGCUGAAGAAGCAGUAUAUUGAUGAAGACCACACUUUGAAUUUUACGGUCCCAAUCUAUGAACCAUUGCCUCCUCAGUACUUUAUCAAGGUCGUCUCAGAUAGAUGGCUUGGGUCUUUGUCUGUUUUGCCUGUUUCCUUCCGUCACUUGAUUUUACCAGAAAAGUAUCCUCCACCAACGGAGUUGCUGGACUUGCAGCCACUCCCUGUGACUGCUUUGAGGAAUCCAUUAUAUGAAGCCCUUUAUCAAGAAUUCAAACACUUCAAUCCUGUCCAAACUCAGGUUUUCACAGUGUUGUACAACACCGAUGACAAUGUGUUAGUUGCUGCACCAACUGGUAGUGGGAAAACUAUAUGUGCAGAAUUUGCAAUUUUAAGGAACCAUCAGAAAGGGCCUGAUAGCGUCAUGCGUGCUGUGUACAUUGCUCCUGUUGAAGCACUUGCCAAAGAGCGAUAUAAUGAAUGGAAAAAGAAAUUUGGAGAUGGUCUUGGGUUGAGAGUUUGUGAAUUGACUGGGGAAACGGCAACAGAUUUGAAAUUACUUGAGAGAGGCCAGGUAAUAAUUAGCACCCCUGAUAGAUGGGAUGCCUUAUCUCGCCGUUGGAAGCAGCGAAAGCAUGUUCAGCAAGUAAGUCUUUUUAUUGUUGAUGAACUGCAUUUGAUUGGUGGUCAAGGUGGUCCGGUGUUGGAGGUGAUAGUCUCUAGGAUGAGAUACAUUGCUAGUCAGGGUCAUAACAUUCGAAUAGUUGCAUUAUCAACUUCCCUUGCAAAUGCCAAAGAUUUGGGGGAGUGGAUUGGGGCCACAUCACAUGGUCUUUUUAAUUUCCCUCCAGGUGUUAGGCCAGUGCCCCUUGAGAUUCAUAUUCAAGGCAUAGACAUAGCUAACUUCGAAGCCAGAAUGCAGGCAAUGACUAAACCCACGUAUACUGCUAUCGUCCAACAUGCUAAGAAUGGAAAACCAGCCAUUGUGUUUGUUCCUACAAGGAAACAUGCCCGCCUGACAGCUGUGGAUCUCAUGACGUACUCGAGUGCAGAGAGUGCGUAUUCGGGUGCGGAGAAUGGAGAGAAGCCUUUGUUUUUACUUCAAUCUGAAAAGGAGUUGGGCACGUUCAUUGACAGAAUUAGGGAACCCAUGUUGAAGGAAACUCUGAAAUAUGGGGUAGGUUAUCUGCAUGAGGGUCUAACUACUACCGACCAAGAUAUAGUUAGGACACUCUUUGAAACUGGUUGCAUUCAAGUAUGUGUCAUGAGUGGUACAAUGUGUUGGGGAGUUUCUCUUCGUGCACACUUGGUGGUUGUUAUGGGAACACAAUACUAUGAUGGGCGAGAAAAUGCCCAUACUGAUUAUCCAGUUACUGAUCUUCUUCAGAUGAUGGGCCAUGCCAGUCGUCCUCUUGUGGAUAAUUCUGGGAAGUGUGUUAUCUUUUGUCAUGCACCACGUAAGGAAUACUACAAGAAGUUCCUAUUUGAAGCAUUUCCAGUUGAAAGCCAUUUGCAUCACCACCUGCAUGAUAAUUUGAAUGCGGAAGUGGUUGUUGAAGUGAUUGCAAACAAGCAAGAUGCUGUUGAUUAUCUCACGUGGACGUUUAUGUACAGGAGGCUCACCCAGAACCCAAAUUACUACAAUCUUCAAGGGGUCAGUCAAAGGCACCUUUCAGAUCACCUCUCGGAACUUGUGGAGAACACGUUGAGUGAUUUGGAAGCAAGUAAAUGUGUUACCAUUGAGGAAGAUUUUGAUCUUACCCCUGUUAAUCUUGGUAUGAUUGCUUCGUAUUAUUAUAUCAGUUAUACAACCAUAGAAAGAUUUAGUUCUUCAUUGACUGGCAAGACAAAGUUGAAGGGUCUUUUGGAGAUUCUGGCUUCAGCAUCCGAGUAUGAGCAACUUCCGGUACGCCCUGGAGAAGAGGAUUUGAUACGAAGGUUGAUCAAUCAUCAACGUUUUUCCUUUGAGAACCCAAAAUACGCAGACCCACAUGUGAAGGCCAACGCGCUAAUACAAGCUCACUUCUCUAGGCAAUUGGUUGGUGGAAAUCUAGGUUCUGACCAGCAAGAAGUACUUCUAUCUGCUAGUAGGUUGCUUCAAGCUAUGGUUGAUGUUAUUUCAAGCAGUGGGUGGCUUAGCCUAGCUCUUCUUGCUAUGGAAGUUAGCCAGAUGGUGACACAAGGCAUGUGGGAGCGAGAUUCUAAUCUCUUGCAGCUGCCUCAUUUUACAAAAGAUUUGGCCAAGAGAUGUCAAGAAAACCCUGGAAGGAGUAUAGAGACCGUGUUUGACUUGGUGGAAAUGGAGGAUGACGAAAGAAGGGAGCUAUUACAGAUGUCUGAUUCGCAACUGAUGGAUAUUGCAAAGUUUUGCAACCGUUUCCCUAAUAUUGAUUUGUCAUAUGACGUGUUGGACAGCGAUAACAUUAGGGCUGGAGACGAUUUCACUUUGCUGGUGACUCUCGAAAGGGAUUUGGAGGGCAGGACUGAGGUUGGGCCAGUGGAUGCCCCCAGAUAUCCUAAAGCGAAAGAGGAGGGAUGGUGGCUUGUUGUUGGUGAUACCAAAACUAACCAGUUGCUUGCAAUCAAGAGGGUUUCGUUGCAAAGGAAGUCUAAGGUCAAACUUGAUAACAUUACUGCUCCAAGUGAACCCGGGAAGAAAAGCUUUACUUUAUAUUUCAUGUGCGACUCUUACAUGGGAUGUGACCAGGAAUAUAGCUUUUCUGUUGAUGUCAAAGCAGCAGCCCCUGAUGACGACAGUGGAAGAGAAUGAUUUGGCGCUGUGGAUGCAGGAUGGUUGCUUGUUUUAUUUCUGUAAUCUCGUCACGUGAUGUAGAUCAUGGCGACUGCUUGACUUUGAUCGGGUUCUUAUCGUGUAGCUGUUGCAACAAUAGAUGAAGGUGUGGCAUGUUGUUUCUUGUUUAAGAAUGUUAUGGAACUUUGACCUUAGUUCCGAGAUGAGACAUAAUUUUGUUAGAUAAUCUUUCAAAGUGUUUAGAAGGCAGGUGGUAGGUAUUAUUGUG